AUGGCGUCGGUCGCCGCUUGGUUGCCAUUCGCACGGGCGGCGGCCAUCGGUUGGGUGCCGAUAGCGUCCCACCCGCUACCGGCCCCACCGGUGUUCAAGGACCGGCUGCGUUCGGAGGACGAGAAGCUAAUCAUCAACGUGUCCGGGCGACGGUUCGAGACGUGGCGCACGACGGUCGAGAAAUACCCGGACACGCUGCUCGGCUCGAACGAGCGUGACUUCUUCUACGAUGAGGACAGCAAGGAGUACUUCUUCGAUCGCGAUCCGGACAUCUUCCGGCACAUCCUCAACUACUACCGGACCGGCAAGCUGCACUACCCGCGCCACGAGUGUCUCCUCAGCUACGAUGAGGAGCUGGCGUUCUUCGGCAUCAUGCCGGACGUGAUCGGUGACUGCUGCUACGAGGACUACCGCGAUCGGAAGCGCGAGAACGCGGAACGGCUGAUGGACGACAAGCUGUCCGAGAACAGCGACAACAACCUGCAGCAGUUGACCAACAUCCGACAGCGGAUGUGGCGCGCCUUCGAGAAUCCGCAUACUUCCACUGCCGCGCUCGUGUUCUACUACGUCACGGGUUUCUUCAUUGCUGUAUCUGUGAUGGCGAACGUCGUCGAGACGGUGCCGUGUGGGGUACGACCUGGCCGUGCCGGCACCCUGUCGUGUGGUGAGCGCUACAAAAUUGUCUUCUUCUGCCUGGACACGGCUUGCGUCAUGAUCUUCACCGCCGAGUAUCUGUUGCGGUUGUUUGCGGCACCGAACCGGUGCAAGUUUGUGCGCAGUGUCAUGAGCAUCAUCGACGUGGUUGCGAUCCUGCCGUACUACAUCGGGCUGGGUAUCACCGACAACGACGAUGUGUCGGGAGCGUUCGUCACACUCAGGGUGUUCCGCGUCUUCCGUAUCUUCAAGUUCUCGCGUCACUCGCAGGGUCUGCGCAUCCUCGGUUACACGCUUAAGUCGUGCGCAUCCGAGCUCGGCUUCCUGGUGUUCUCGCUUGCCAUGGCCAUCAUCAUCUUUGCCACGGUCAUGUUCUACGCCGAGAAGAACGUCGAGGGUACCAACUUUACCUCGAUUCCGGCCGCGUUCUGGUACACGAUCGUCACCAUGACCACGCUUGGCUACGGUGAUAUGGUGCCGGAAACGAUCGCUGGCAAAAUCGUCGGAGGCGUCUGCUCACUCAGCGGAGUGUUGGUCAUCGCGCUACCUGUACCUGUAAUCGUGUCCAACUUCAGCCGCAUCUACCACCAGAACCAGCGGGCGGACAAGCGGAAAGCGCAGCGGAAAGCACGCCUAGCCCGAAUACGAAUAGCGAAAGCGGGCGCCAGUGCGGCGUUCGCGAGCAAGAAGAAGGCGGCCGAGUCGCGCCUAGCGGCGCAGGAGUCUGGCAUAGAACUGGACGACAACUACAACGACGAGGACAUCUUCGAGCUACAGCACCAUCAUCUGUUGCGGUGCUUGGAGAAGACCACGGAUCGGGAGUUUGUCGAGCUAGAGACGCAGUACAACGGGCAGACGAAGCGGCCAGGAUCUCCGUCCCCGAUGGCGAGCCCGUCACAUUCGGCCAACACGGCCACAGGAACGACUGGGUUGCUGCAGUCCUGCUGUGGACGAUGCUGCUCGCAGCGAUAUCAGAACUACACCUCAGCGAAUCAAUGAUGCCAGGAGGACGAUAUUCCGCUACGGGAAAGAAAGAAAUCGUAAUAAACUGCGCGCCCCAGCGUAGAGAAUAUCGUUCCCAUCGAGCGCAGUUCCACACGACACUGACGAUGAUGAUGAUCAAGCUGAUGAUGAUGAUAACGGUGGUGGUGAAGAUGCUGUCGACGAACAUGCCAAGGUCGAAGCGAUCGCGAUACGGUGCAAUUUUUUUUAGCUCCAACCCACGGAACCAACUCAGCCUCGGGUCAUCCGAUCGGUCGCGAUACAUUUCAGCAUUGUCAGAAGGAUUCGUGCAACCUUACACAGAGAGAACUACAGAAAAAGAAAGAGAGAGACAGAGAAGGAGAGGUAGAGAAGAAAAUUGAACGUCAUUUCAUUCCAGUGCCGAUAUCCACCCAUCAGCCGAUGGCCGCUGCCAGCAUCCUCGUCCUUUCACGCUACGGGAUACCACCAGCACGAAGCGAAGCGAUGUCCGAUCGAGAUGGACCUGAUCGGAAGGCGCCUUGGUUCCGGGGAUUCGCGAUCGCAACCAUCGGCACACGUAGUUUUCUAGCCGCCAGCUUUCGACAGCCAUAGUUUUGCUACAGCGAUCCGAAGGAUCGUCGACACGUAUUCAAGACGCGGAUAUAAAGAUUAAAAGAAACCAACAAACCAAGCAACUUAUUAUCGGAGACAACCCCACGCUAGGAAUGGGUCUAUAGCUCUUACUCAUCACUACAACGUAAAUGUACAGUGUUACUCUAUUUCGCAAUCGCUAUCCCUAAAAGCAAACCCCUUUCGAAGUAACGUAGAGACGUGAAGGAAGAAGAAAACGGUUAUGAAAAAAAAAUAUCUCAACAAAUCAACCACUUUCAAGCUAUUUUAUCUGCAAUGUAACGAGAGGAGAUGAGAAAACAUCCCCAAAACGGUAGAUACGGACACUCGCGACGCUUUGGAACCGAUCGACACCGAACCCAAAUUUCUUGCUGUUUAGCUGAAAAAAAUGUUACUGUUAUAGCGAAGAUCGUAUCGUAUUUUCGGGAGUCUACAUACGUUACUUUGGUAAUUCGUGUUUUACUUUUUGUAAUUACCUAUACGGUUAACCACCAAACAGCGCUAUCACACUCGCUCGUCGAAAAGGCGGAAUAAAUUCAAACCCACACGUGCACACCCCUUACACACUUUCGCUCUCUUUCCCUUUUCUUCGAGAGCAGAAGUAGGAUAGGUGGCAGGAUGGGGUGCAGUUCGAAAAGCCAAGUACGCUUCCGAACCACCGCUAGAAGGCAGGGUUAGCAUAAACUAAUGUAGUGAACGGUUGGCCAUACGCUACCAGCAAGAAGCGGAAUGCAAAGCAAGCAACCAAAACCGUAGGAUAGCGUUGAGUGGAAGAAAACGAUGAAGAAGUAACCGAGGUAAAGUAAUACUAAAGCAUUAGGCGUACUGUUAGUCUUAGCUCCUACCACACUACACGAAAAAGAGAAAUAGUCUAAAGGGUGGAAGAAAAUGGAAAACAAACAUAGCUUUAAAAGGAUUAAACAUAGAAAAUACCAAACAAACAAACAAACAAACAAAAACAACUACACACCAGUAUGAUUAUCAAUAGAGAGCGAAAGAGAGGGUGAUCGUUUUGAUUGAAGAUUGAUCAACCUUCCCGGUGAUCGAACGAGAUCGCUCUCCUACUUUCGCUCAAACCCACUUUUAAGCAGACCAAACCCCACGCGACGCUAGAUCACAUA